CCCCAAACUCUCCAGAGAGAAACCCAAAAAAAAAAAAAAAUGAGCGAGACAAAAUCGUUGAUAUUCAAGAGAAUCGCUGAGUUCGAAGGAUCAAACAUCAAGAGGAUAAGACUCGAAGACGACGAUGAUGAUGAUGAUGACGACGUUUUACGCUCACCGACGAGAACGCUUUCUUCGUCUCUGUCCUCUUCUUCUCUAGCUUACUCUGUUUCAGAUUCCGGAGGCCUUUGCUCCGCCGCUUUAUCUGAAGAAGAAGACGAUGAUCAUCGUAGCUCAAGCAUCAGCUCUGGUUGUUCUAGCGGUGAAACUAACGAAAUCGCUACGAAUACUCGUCUUGCUUUUUUAGAUCUGGAGGCUCAUCAAAUCUCCGAAACUGAAACCGAAACCUCAACGUUAAUCUCCAACAAUUUCAGAAAACAGGGAGAAACAGCUGAGAUGGACUCGGCGACGACGGAGAGGAGGGAACAGAGAAAGACGGAGAUGAAGAAGAUGGAGAAAUCACCGACGCAGGCGGAGCUUGACGAUUUUUUCUCGGCGGCGGAGAGAUUCCAACAGAAACGAUUCACAGAGAAGUACAAUUACGACGUCGUUAACGAUACGCCGCUUGAAGGUCGGUACCAGUGGGUUACUCUGAAGCCAUAAAGGAAGAAAAGGGAAGAAGAAGAAGAAGAAGUAAAAGAAGAGAGACAGUGCUAAUGUUACACGUAGUAGUACUGUGAGUUUUUGUCACAGUCAGUCAGUAUUUGUUUUUGAAUCUCUCAUUUUCAUUUGUGUACAGUCCUCUAAUUUUAAUUUCCGACUUUUUAUCAAAAAUCUUUUUUAACUUCUUCUGCGUAUACCAAUGACAAUGUUUUUUA